GCGUGUGUAUUUUGAGCCCUGUGGGCCAUGCGUGUGUAUUUUGAGCCCUAUCCGCUCGCCGUUGGAUGCUUCUCCGGUUUCUUGGUUCGCGAGCGCGCACGUGCCUCCCGCGGCCGUUGCGGAGAGCCGAUGCAGUUGUGGUUUCUCGGCGGUUGAUCUUCCACACAUUUUGAAAAUGUCAUAUAUGCUUCCACAUUUACACAAUGGCUGGCAAGUGGACCAGGCCAUUCUUUCGGAAGAAGAUCGAGUAGUGGUCAUUCGCUUUGGGCAUGAUUGGGAUCCAACGUGUAUGAAGAUGGAUGAAGUUUUAUAUAGUAUUGCUGAAAAAGUGAAAAAUUUUGCAGUUAUUUAUCUGGUGGAUAUCACAGAAGUUCCAGACUUCAACAAGAUGUAUGAAUUAUACGAUCCCUGUACUGUCAUGUUCUUCUUCAGGAACAAACACAUAAUGAUUGAUUUGGGAACAGGUAACAACAACAAAAUUAACUGGGCAAUGGAAGACAAGCAAGAAAUGAUUGACAUCAUAGAAACAGUUUAUAGAGGAGCACGUAAAGGUAGAGGUCUUGUUGUGUCACCCAAAGACUACUCAACUAAAUAUAGAUAUUGAUACAUACAAAUUCACCUUCUUAAACUUCGUAAAUUCAAUCUUUGUAUAAAGUAUUUCUUGCUUACACCUCACUGUGUAUGUCUUUUGAAUUUAACGUGUUACCUCAUUUUCUUGGGGAGAUGCUAAAACCUAUUUGAUUUUAGAAAUAGUUGUGUGUUACUUUUACAUGUUUUAAUUUCCAAUGUUUUGCAGAAGACUAUUUUUAUACUAUGAUUCUGUUUUUGAUAGACAAGUGGAUAUAGCUAUUAGUUAUGAAACAUAAUAAAUGCAUCUGAGAAUAUA